CUCUUUGUAGAAGGCAAUCAUGGGCAAAAUACUGUUUGUGAUCGCUCUAGCCCUGCUGCUGCAUGUGCAGCUUGGGUCCUCAUACAUUUUGUCAUGCUACUUCACAAACUGGGCUCAGUACAGACCACCCCCCACCAUUUACAUGCCCAAUGACAUCGACCCAUGCCUUUGUACCCAUCUUCUCUACGCCUUCGCCACAAUGAAGAACAAUGAACUGGCCACCUACGAGUGGAAUGAUGUGGAGCUCUACAGCCAGUUCAACGGCCUGAAGAACCAGAAUGGCAACCUGAAGACUCUCCUGUCUGUUGGAGGAUGGAACUUUGGCUCUGCUGGAUUCUCUGCCAUGGUUGCCAGCCCCACCAACCGUCAGACCUUCAUCAACUCCGUGAUUGUGUUUCUGAGGAAGUAUGAGUUUGAUGGUCUGGAUAUUGACUGGGAGUACCCAGCCAACAGGGGUAGCCCUCCUCAAGAUCAGCAGCUCUACUCUGUUCUUCUGGAGGAAAUGAGGGCCGCCUUUGAGAAGGAGGCCAAGCAGACUAACAAGGCUCGUCUCCUGAUGUCUGCUGCUGUCGCCGCUGGAAUGGGCACCAUCGAGUCUGCUUACGAAAUCCCCAAGCUUGGACAGGCAUUGGAUAUGAUAAAUGUCAUGACAUAUGACUUCCAUGGCUCAUGGGACCCCUUCACUGGAGAGUGCAGCCCCCUGUUCAAGGGUCCUGCAGACAAUGGUGGCUUCAUCUACUUCAAUGUGGACUAUGCCAUGAACUACUGGAAGAACAAUGGAGCCCCAGCUGAGAAACUUAUUGUUGGGUUCCCCACCUAUGGCAACUCCUUCACACUCAGGAACGCUGCUGACCACGGAAUAGGAGCAGCGAUCGCCGGGGCUGGAACUCCCGGGAAAUACACACAGGAGGCUGGGGAGUUGGCUUACUUUGAGAUCUGUGGAUUUUUAAAAGAUGGAGCUACUGAGGUUUGGAAUGCAGUUCAGGAUGUGCCUUACGCCUACAAAGGAACCCAGUGGGUUGGCUAUGACAAUGUGAAGAGCUUUGGGAUCAAGGUUGACUGGCUGAAGAAGAACAACUUUGGAGGAGCCAUGGUCUGGACCCUUGAUAUGGAUGACUACCUCGGCACCUUCUGUGGCCAGGGAAAAUACCCCCUCAUUAACGUUCUCAAGAAGGGUCUCAAUCUGGAAACUACAUCCUGCCAGCCACCUUCGACCCCUCUGCCUCCCAUCCCGGGGGUGACUGAUGGCGGUGACUCCAGCAGCGGUCCGAUUGGAGGCGGCUCCAGUGGUGGGAGCCCCAGCAGUACCAGUGGCAUGGACAGCAGCUUCUGUGUUGGCAAGGCCUCUGGGAUGUAUGCUAAUCCCAAGGACAAGAACCAAUUCUACAACUGCAGCCAGGGGAAGGCCUACUUGGAGUCCUGUGCCUCUGGCCUGGUCUUUGACCCUGCAUGCUCUUGCUGCAACUGGUCCUAAAGUUGUAACGUAACACUGUCGAGCCACAGUUGCUUUUUUAGAUCUUGCCCCCCCCCCCCCCCCCCCCCCCCC